CUCUUCUUCCUUUGCCAAAAACACAGAGAAGACAGAGAGAGAUAGAGAGAGAGAGAGAUGGGUUCGAGAGAGAUGACCCGGAAGCCACACGCAGUGUGCAUCCCCUGCCCAGCCCAGGGCCACAUCAGCCCCAUGCUCAACCUCGCCAAGCUCCUCCACCACCGCGGCUUCCACGUCACCUUCGUCAACACCGAGUACAACCACAGACGCCUCCUGCGGUCCCGCGGCCCCUCCGCCCUCGACGGCCUCCCGUCCUUCCGGUUCCGCACCAUCCCGGACGGCCUCCCGCCCUCCGACGCCGACGUCACCCAGGACGUCACCGCCCUCUGCCAGUCCACGCGGAAGUACUGCUUGCCCUACUUCCGGGACCUGCUCGAGAGGCUCAACGAGGAGAGCGCGACGUCGGGUUCCCCGCUGGUGAGCUGCGUUGUGUCGGACGGCGCGAUGAGCUUCACGCUCGACGCCGCCGAGGGCAUCGGCGUGCCGGAGGUCCUGUUCUGGACGACGAGCGCGUGCGGCUUCAUGGGCUACGUGCAGUAUCGCAGUCUUAUUGACAAGGGUCUUAUUCCACUCAAAGAUGCAAGCUACUUGACAAACGGGUACUUAGACACCGUCGUCGACUGGAUACCCGGGAUGAGAAACAUCCGCCUGAGAGACUUACCGAGCUUCAUCCGAACCACUGACCCGGACGACCUGAUGGUCGAAUUCUGCUUGCACGAGACCCAGAGAGCGAAGAGAGCGUCUGCCAUCGUUUUCAACACGUUCGACCGAUUAGAGCACGAGGUCCUCGACGCUCUCAAGGCCAUGUUCCCCCCGAUCUACACCCUUGGCCCCCUUCAUCUCCUUACGGAGCAACUACCCGAUAACGACACCAGGUCGAUAGGGUCAAACCUGUGGAAGGAAGAGCUGGGCUGUCUCGAGUGGCUCGACUCGAAACCGCCCGGCUCGGUCGUGUACGUGAACUUCGGGAGCAUCACAGUGAUGUCUCCGGCACAGCUGGUGGAGUUUGCAUGGGGGCUCGCGAACAGCGGCCAGACGUUCCUGUGGGUCAUCAGGCCCGACUUGGUUGUUGGCGACACGGCGAUCUUGCCACCAGAGUUCUCGGCCGUGACGAGGGAGCGGAGCCUGCUGGCGAGCUGGUGCCCCCAGGAGCGGGUGCUAAGCCACCCCGCAGUCGGCGGGUUCCUGACCCACAGCGGGUGGAACUCGACGAUCGAGAGCAUCGUGGCCGGCGUGCCGGUGGUGUGCUGGCCGUUCUUUGCGGAGCAGCAGACGAACUGCCGGUACAGCCUCGAGGAGUGGGGGAUCGGGAUGGAGAUCGACGGCGACGUGAAGAGGGACGAGGUGGAGAGGCAGGUGAGGGAGCUGAUGGAGGGGGAGAGAGGGAGGGAGAUGAAGAGGAAGGCGAUGGAGUGGAAGGAGAUGGCCCGAGAGGCCACGUGUCCUUCCGGGUCGUCGUUCUCGAACUUGGACGAGGUGAUCGAUAAAGUGUUGCUGCAGCCCAGAAGAGAUUAAGGUUUUCUUUUAUUGGUCAAAAGAAGAGAUUAAGUUUGUUCGGACAUUGUGGAAUGGAUCCGAACAAUUCUUUUAGACGAUCCUCUCGUCUGGAUCUUAUCUGUCGUGUCAACUUCGGUCUAGUAACUUGGAAUUGUUUUCAUUUAUUUUUGUGCAGUUGGAAUGCACAUGAACUAAUAACAAUGAUAGUCGUAUUACCAUA